AUGUCCGCCCAGGUAGGAAAUGGCAGCGCAGUUCCCACUGAGUCGACGGGUGCCGACAAGGUGGCUGACCUCGCUUCGAGUGUGAGCCAAGUCAAGAUCAACGAAGGACCUGUGCAGGCCGGAGAAACUCCCACCGUUAAAUCCUCCCAUGUGCCCUCAGAGCCUACCAACGGACCCUCCGCAAAUUCUCAGGAUGCGGCCACCCCGAAGAAGACGUUGAAUCUGCCACGCAGCGCUGCGGAUGGAAUUAUCAGGAAACCCUUUGCCGAGCCUCUAGAAACCGCAAAGCCUACACCACGACCGCCCUUGUCAACUGAUCAGGAGGUCAAAUAUGAGACGUUGCUCAAGAAGGUGUCCGCAUGGACCGGAAUCCCAGAGACUUCUUCCAAAGGCUCAAAGACAAGGCCUUUGACAGAUGCGGAACGCAUGUGGCUCACUCGGGACUGUCUAUUGCGCUACCUGAGGGCCACAACUUGGAACGUGGCACAAGCCGAGAACAGACUGAGAAAUACGUUGGUAUGGCGUUGCGAGUAUGGUUUAGAGAAAAUCACAAAGGAUUACAUUUCCGUUGAAAAUGAGACCGGGAAGCAGGUGAUUCUCGGUUGGGACAUUAAUGCAAGACCAUGUCAUUAUCUGAGGCCAUCCAAGCAAAACACCGAACGGAGUGACCGCCAAAUCCAGCAUUUGGUGUACAUGCUUGAACGGUCAAUUGACCUGAUGCCUGUGGGACAAGAAACGCUUGCCCUGCUCAUCAAUUUCGCCGAGACAAAGGCUUCUCAGGGUGUGACGCUGUCUCAGGGGAAACAAACGCUCAAUAUCCUGCAGAAUCAUUAUCCGGAACGUCUGGGUCGUGCUCUUGUUGCGAAUGUGCCAUUCUAUAUCUCGGGUUUCUUCAAGUUGAUCACCCCGUUCAUCGACCCGGUGACACGCGAGAAAAUCAGGUUUAACGAAGACAUGGGUUUACAUGUGCCUCGGGACCAACUGAUGAAGGAGAGCGGCGGCAAUGUGGAGUUCGAGUAUGUCCAUGAGGAAUACUGGCCAGCUUUGAACGAGCUGUGUGAGCUGAAAAGGUCCGAAGCUUGGGAGAGAUGGGUCAAGGGAGGAAAGAGGAUAGGCGAAUACGAGGCUUAUCUCAAGGGAGCAGAGCCUAGCCUAGCUGAGCGUGAGAAACAAGGGGCCACUGCGACAGGCCAAAAUGGCAAUGCAGCAUCGGGUUGA